AGUCGCCACCUACGUGCAACUCACAUGGCGCCAGCUACAAGCAUCUCACCAGUCGCCACCUACGUGCAACUCACAAGGCGCCAGCUACAAGCAUCUCACAAGUCGCCACCUACGUGCAACUCACAAGGCGCCAGCUACAAGCAUCUCCCAAGUCGCCACCUACGUGCAACUCACAAGGCGCCAGCUACAAGCAUCUCACAAGUCGCCACCUACGUGCAACUCACAUGGCGCCAGCUACAAGCAUCUCCCAAGUCGCCACCUACGUGCAACUCACAAGGCGCCAGCUACAAGCAUCUCCCAAGUCGCCACCUACGUGCAACUCACAAGGCGCCAGCUACAAGCAUCUCCCAAGUCGCCACCUACGUGCAACUCACGUGGCGCCAGCUACAAGCAUCUCACAAGUCGCCCCCUCCGUGCAACUCACACGGCGCCAGCUACAAGCAUCUCACAAGUCGCCACCUACGUGCAACUCACAAGGCGCCAUCUACAAGCCUCGAGCACACCAGCUAUAAGCAACUCUACAGGCGUCCAGCCUACAAGCCUCGAGCACACCAGCUACAAGCCUACAGGCUCUACAGCCUACAAGCCUCGAGCACACCAGCUUCAAGCAACUCUACAGGCGUCAAGCCUACAAGCCCCGAGCACACCCACAGGCCUACGCAGCCGAUAGCGAGGGCCACAAUCUACAAGCCGCUCCCCCGCUUCAAGCCAGCACUGCUACGUACCCUGCAAGCCACUCCACGAUACGGCAGAGGUAUUCACACCUGCAACGAGGAGGCACGCCCCGCUGACCUUGGGACACCCCGCAUGCCCCUCGCUCCACAGCUGGCGGCACCACCGCCGCUGCCGGGAGCAUCGGCCCAAACCUCUUCCGGCAAACAGUCAGCAAGGGUACCCGCGGACAUCUCCCGGUGACUGCAAGCUGUUCCCACUACCGUCUCUUGCAAGGCGUCUUCUCAAGAGGUUACACACCCAAGUCGUCUUGUCUGCCACCGCCGCCCAUCUCUUCCUAUAACAAGGACGACGCGGCCAUCAUACGUCUGGCGGCUGUGUACCAGCUCCCAGCCGCGCACCGCGGCCGCUCAUUUUGCUGGGUCAGCAGUUUUUCAACCUCCAUUGCGAGUCCUCCGAUGUCAGCCCAUCCCUCACCUCUCACCGCCGCUGUGGCCGCGGCCGAGGUUUCCUGACGCGCCUACAACGACUGCACGUCACCCAGGGCAUCACAGGCCGUCGCCCUCUCCACUACAUCAGCUGAUUAAUCUUGGCCGCAGACUUCGUUCACCCCCGGGUUCGUCUGCAUACUUACAACCCACUCAAGGUUCAAGGACACCCUCACCGGCAUCCCCUCGCACCGGCCGCAGUAUUACAGGCUCAAAGUAAGGUCUCUCUCACCUGUAGUUUUUGCAACCAAUCAGGACAUUCUGAACAUUCUUGUUUCGCGAAACGUAGGGAGUCAACACAUUCAA